GCCACAACUGUUGUUCGCUCGUCGUCGGGUUUCCAUCGUUUUUCGUCAAUAAUUUAGUGCAGUAAGUGCAGCUACUUUCGCGGCUAAUAAUCUACUGAUACUUCGAAGCCAACACGCUUAUCACCGCCAUGGCAAGCUGGGCUAACCGCCCUCCAAUCGGGGAUGUUUCCUCCACCGCCGUGAAUAACAAUCCCUCUUCGGUUCGGAAGAAAUGGAACCUUGAAGAUAAAAAGUCCUUGCGGAACCUGAAAUAUCACUUUGCCGAAGAUGGUUGUUCGGAGGUUCAGUACACGCUGGCCAAGCAGCUGCUUGAAGAGAAUGCCGAAACGGAGCCGGCCCACAAUCACGCCCAGGGAGUGCAUUGGCUGCUGCGAGCCGCCCAGCAAGGUCAUGAGCAAGCCAUUGAUUUGUUAAGCGACUGCUACCGCAGUGGUCGUGGAAUAAACGAGGCGAACGAGGAAGAUGUUAGGAGUUGUCUGGCGAUGAGUCCGGGGGAGAGAUCUGCCCGUAGAGCAGCUCAGGAAUUGUUUGCCUCGCUUUCCAACGGUGAAGAGUACGUAACAGCCGCUCAGUUGGAAAAGCGCAUGAGAGAGAUUUACAAAUUGGACAAAAAGAGAAAAAGAACCCGUCCGGAUGGAGCCGAAACCGGGGAGGAUCGCGUGGAAGCUAGUCCCGAUAGGAAUGGUUCCUUCAGCGGCAGUCGAAUGAAUAGGAGUUCCGGGCAGUUUCAACCGGUUAAUCACAUCUCAGAGGCGAAUUUGCUGUCCGCGGCAGUCAACUAUUCCAACGGUAGACUGCCGUUUGUUAGCAAUGCUCUCACUCUAUCGGUGCCAAAUCCUCAGAGCUUGGAUCACGUGCCCUGUUUCCACAGGCCAUUCUUUCACCCGAUAAUGUUCUUCUCGCUGCUGUACCACCGACUGUUGGCCAUGAUUGCACCCUUUCCGGGAUCAGGAUUUAACGGAAUUCAACUGAUUUUACUACUUGUCACAUACUCGCUUUUUGCCAGCGACAAUCUGGUCACUCUUGUCCCCGUUGGAGCGUAUUACCUGAGUCUGAUCGUGAUGGUUCUGUGCAGCUUCAAGAUGUUGAAGUCCAAACAUGACUUUAUCGAUUUCCGGAUGUGGUCCGGACUGUUUCUCCGGUACGGCGACGAGCAUCUCAAUACGAACGACUCGGAAAAUCAGUACCUGCGGAAUAAUCUCCGGCCGUACCUGUACUUUUUCGUGGCGUUCUUCACCAACGUGAUGCUUCAGCCCAACAUCAACGAUCAAUGGCUGCCGUUUUCGGAAAUCACCGUUGUUUCGUUCGUUCUGACCUUCGUCACUAUGCUGGCAUUCAUGUACACAUCGCAGGAUCCGUUUCCGGACUAUCUGAUUCUGUUCUCAUUCGGCUUGAACGUUCUGGCCAAGUACCCGUACGAGAUGGAUUCGGUGGUGACCACGGGAUGGCGGUUCCUGGAUUUGAAAGUGCCAGCUUUUUCGACGUUCGUCAUCGGAAAUGGAAUUGAGUUCUGCUUGAAUUGCCGUGCGCUGCUCUACCUGAUCAUUCCUGCAUUUCUGGCGUUCAUCGGUCGCAGGAACAGCUGGAGAGGAAUCUAUCAGUAUUUGAUUCCACAUUGCGUAACGCUAGCGUGGCUUCAGAUCUGUAUAAUCGGUUCGCAAUCGGCGACGAUGUUUGGUUUGGUCCGUGGAGCCUUGGGCCUGUCCGGACUGCUGCUGUUCCUGCCUCUGUUUGGUAUAGUGACACUUCUGAUACCGGUAUUCGCUACUAUUGAGUGGCUUUCUCUAACUGACUCCACCGUCCGGCUGUGGUCGUCGAUCAGCGCAGCCAUCAUUGCUAUUUUAAUUUCGUUCUACAUGGCCGCCUCCCGGCGAACCGAGAAGUACAUCACAUUCCUGCAGAUAGCGAUAUGUGUUAUAGCGACCAUAUUUCUAACCCUCCCGCACAUGAUGUCCAAUUUCGAAACGCUCCACGCUACGGAAGCUGGAUUGUAUGAAUCCGGUACCGUUUCCUCGUCCGAUGCCAAGAGUCCAACCAUGCCACCGAACAGUCUCAGCUGGGAAUCGUACUAUAAAUUUUGCCAUCAACCUGCAUGGGAUCGGUUGGGGAACAAGAUCAAAACGCAACUAAGAUGUGCCCAUCUAGAUGGAACGGCCGUUCGUUGGGAGGGAAACGUGAUCGAUCUGGAGAUUGCCAGCCGGAAGAACUUGCGCGCGGAUUUCAUACAAAGCUAUUUGCCAAGGUUUCUAGCCGAUCGGAUCGCUUGUUUCUACGGCGAAAGGGUGGAACCGGAAUGUGACCCCUCCGAAGACCACCAGCACUGUGAGGAGAUGAAGAAUUUCAUGCAACAACAGACCCGCUGCCACAUGGACAAAUGGAAUACAUACGAGUACGAACUCAAAGUUCGCAUGCCAUCGCUGGGACUGCUCUCCAAGCCCGCCGAGGUUACGCUGAAGGCGCAGCACGCCUUCGGAAACUUCACCCAGAGCCUGAACAACAGCGAUCGCAUUUGGUUCCUUGGAAUUCUCCGGAAUUUCCUGAAACCGGCAUCGGUGCACACUCCUCCGGCUGGUGGUGGCGAUCCUUCCGACGGAAAUUUCAACGACCUGCACAUGGAUCUCAGCGGUGCCGGUGCCGGGGCUCGGGUCGAUCGAAGCAACAUGCGCCUGGGACGGAAGAAUCCACUGGUCGAACUGCUCGCGAUCGGUUGCAUCAACUGCCAGGACCGGGAUCUGACAUCAAUGCACGUGGCCGACGGGUUGAAGGUAAAUGCACGGGUGCGCGACCUGCUGCGCGGAAUCAAGUACCUGCUGAAUGUGAUCUUCAAUCCGUUGGUGAUCUUCAAAUAAGAAACUGGAGAAAGUCAUUCGCCUUUUCUUUUUAUGUGGUCUGUCCUAAUCGUGUAAUGUUAAGUUUUCACGUGAGUUUAACCGAUAUCUGUACUGAGAGUUUCACUGAUUUACAUUUAGUUUUAUUUAUGAUUAGCUAGAUGACCUAGGUAGUCGUAGGAAGAGAGAUUGCAUUUACAAGAACGGUUGAGAGAGGAGAUAAUUCAUGUUUAGAUCAUUCGACUAAUGAAACUGCUGUGAACAAGUUAACACAAUAGAGGAGAAAACUGUUGUUA